GGCGCGGGCGCUGUCCAGCGUGCUGAAAUCGGAGCUAGCGAGUCGCCUGGAGCCGCACGGACGCAGCUGAGCCCAGCCUGCUGGACGUCAGACUUCGACCGUCGCUCGUAACCCAUCCACCCACCGUCCGGAGCCAAGGCGGACGCGUCCCGAUCUUCCCCUGUCCCUACCCCGCCCCGAGCCUCCUCUCCAUCUCCAGCGUUGAGACACCAGCUGUCUCCGGCAGCCCCUUGGUCAUGAAAUCUCCCCAGUUGCUGGCUUCCGCCCUCGUCUGCUUCCUUCUAUUGAUCAAGGGACUAGGAGCAGCGCCCCCGGGGCGCCCUGAGGUGCAGUCACCUCCUUUCAGCUCUGACCAUAAAGAGUCGGCAGCUGGGGACGCGGUGUCUGGGUUAAAGGAUGGCAGCACCUCAGAGGUCCGAGCUGCUCGGAAUUCCGAGACUCAGGACGAGGGAGAGCUUUUCCAGGGCGUGGAUCCCCGGGCGCUGGCCGCGGUGCUGCUGCAGGCACUCGACCGUCCGGCCUCGCCCCCGGCGCCCGGAGGGUCCCAGCAGGGGCCAGAGGAAGAAGCAGCAGAAGCUCUGCUGACCGAAACCGUGCGCAGCCAGACCCACAGCCUUCCAGUUCCAGAGACCCCAGCGCCCCCAGUCCCGCCUCACCCCCAGACUCAGGAGGAGAGUGGUCCCGAGGUGGGCUACCCUUCCGAGGAGCUCGAGGCGCUAGCGUCCCUGCUCCAGGAGCUGCGAGAUUUCAGUCCGAGCAACGCCAAGCGCCAGCAAGAAACGGCGGCAGCAGAGACGGAAACCCGCACGCACACGCUGACCAGAGUCAAUCUGGAGAGCCCCGGGCCGGAGCGCGUGUGGCGUGCUUCCUGGGGAGAGUUCCAGGCGCGCGUCCCCGAGCGCGCGCCCCUGCCGCCCCCGGCCCCCCCGCAAUUUCAGGCGCAUAUGCCCGAGAGUGGGUCCCUGUCCGAAACCCACCAGUUUGGGGAAGGAGUGCCUUCCCCCAAAACACAUCUGGCCGAGGCAUUGGCACCCCUGUCCAAGGCGUACCAAGGCCCGGGAGCCCCUUUCCCCAAGGCGCGCCGGCCGGAGAGCUCACUCCUGGGCAGCUCCGAGGCGGGGGAGCGCCUUUUACAGCAAGGGCUGGCGCAGGUAGUGGCCGGUCGGCGGCAGGCGGAGGCCACGCGGCAGGCCGCGGCGCAGGAGGAGCGGCUGGCCGACCUCGCCUCCGACUUGCUGCUCCAGUAUUUGCUGCAGGGCGGGGCCAGGCAGCGCGGCCUUGGGGGUCGGGGGCUGCAGGAGGAGGAGGAGCAGGAGAGCCAGAGGGAGGAGGAGGAAGCGGAGCAGGAGAGGCACGGCGGGGAGGAGAGGGAGGAGGAAGAGGAUGAGGAGGCGGCAGAGGCCGAGGCGGAGGCGGAGGAGGCGGAGAGGGCGCGGCAGAACGCGCUACUUUUCGCCGAGGAGGAGGACGGGGAAGCUGGGGCCGAGGACAAGCGCUCACAGGAAGAGACGCCGGGCCACCGGCGGAAGGAGGCUGAGGGGGCAGAGGAGGGCGGAGAGGAGGAGGACGACGACGAAGAGAUGGAUCCACAGACUAUCGAUAGCCUCAUUGAGCUGUCCACCAAACUACACCUGCCAGCUGACGACGUGGUCAGCAUCAUCGAGGAGGUGGAAGAGAAGCGGAAGCGGAAGAAGAACGCCCCUCCAGAGCCUGUACCGCCCCCCCGUACCGCGCCCGCCCCUACCCAUGUCCGCUCCCCGCAGCCCCCGCCCCCUGUCCCCGCGCCCGCUCAAGACGAGCUGCCCGACUGGAACGAGGUGCUCCCGCCCUGGGAUCGGGAGGAGGACGAGGUGUUUUCUCCGGGCCCCUAUCACCCUUUUCCCAACUACAUCCGGCCGCGGACACUGCAGCCACCCGCCUCCUCGCGCCGCCGCCACUAUCACCACGCCCUGCCGCCUCCGCGCCACUAUCUCGGCCGGGAGGCUCAGGCUCGGCGCGCGCAAGAGGAGGCGGAGGCAGAGGAGCGCCGGCUGCAGGAGCAGGAGGAGCUGGAGAAUUAUAUUGAGCAUGUACUGCUCCGGCGCCCGUGACCCACCCCGGCCCCGUGUACCGCAGUUCCCCCUCCGUGUCGCUCCUCUCCCCUCUGGAUGUUUGCAUGCGCCCUGGUCCCGCCCCUCGGCCGCCUCCUGCCCCGCCCCAGGGCUGUGCCAAGACCUGUCAUACCUCUGGGAUUCAAGACCCCAGCUCCCAAACUCACUCGCAGGUGACCUGAGGCCAGCCCAAGCGGGCUGGCGGGUGGUUUAUGCGAAUCCCUUCCCCCAGAAGGGGCCCGGUCCCCACCUUAUCCCUGUUGGGACGUCCUGUCCGAAACCGGAAAAAGCAGUUCCAGUUAGUUGUGUGAAGAAGUGUGUCUGUCUCCUCCCUGUGGGCCUCCCACAAACCUCCCCACCCUCUCCAGAUCGCUGUGAAUUUACCUUCUUUUCCUUCUCUGUUGUAAAUACCCCUCACGGAGGAAAUAGUUUUGCUAAAAAAUAAAAGUGACUAUUUUA